AUGUCCAAAUGUAGCGAUGAUGUCCCUCAAGCUUUAUUCUCUGUGACGUCCAAAAGUAGUGAUGACGUCCCUCCUGCUUUGUUCUCUGUGACGUCCAAAAGUAGUGAUGACGUCCCUCCUCCUUUGUUCUCUGUGAUGUCCAAAAGUAGUGAUGAUGCCCCUCCAGUUUUAUUUUAUGUCACAUCCAAAUGUAUUGAUGACGUCCCUCCAGCUUUAUUCCCUGUGACGUCCAAAAGUAGUGAUGACAUCUCUCCAGUUUUAUUUUAUGUCACGUCUGACUGUAGAGAUGAAGCCCUCCAAGCUUCAGUCCGUUUUGUAGCUGACUUGAGUGUUGGCGUCCCUCAGUCUCCAGUCCACGAAACAUUAGACUGUGGAGUCAAUGUCCCCCAAGCUACAACCUGUGCAGCACCUGACUGUAGUGGUUAUGCUCCCCAAAUUCAUUCAAGCCAGCUACAGGAUAAUGAGACAACAAUUAUUGACAUCAAUUCACACCGUUAUGAAAUUGGCAGUCAGCUGGGUGAAGGAGGCUUUGGAACCGUUUAUGCAGCGACUCGUUUGGAUGAUGGCCUACAGGUGGCGAUAAAAUUUGCAUCCAACAGGAACACAAAGUUCAUCAGCAUUGACGGUUGUUCCAAGCCUCUUCCAUUGGAGGUCGCUUUGCAAAUUCUUGCAAAUAAACGCCCCAGGGUUGAGGAAAUCAUCCAGCUUCUGGACUGGCAGGUGGAUCCUGACUAUUACUUUAUGGUGCUAGAGCGGCCCAUGCCCUGUCAGUCCUUGUAUGAAUAUUUAAAGUGCUACAAGGGCACCAUGGAAGAGGACGUGGCACGAGUUAUAAUGCACCAGGCAAUAUUCGCAGCUCGAAUGUGCUGCCUUCGUGGAGUGUUGCACCGGGAUAUUAAGCUGGAAAACCUUCUGAUUAACCCGGACACACUCGAACUCAAAUUGAUUGACUUUGGCUGUGGUGCAAUCCUCACCGACGUGGGUUACACGUCCUUUGCUGGCUCAAGAGAGUACUGCCCUCCCGAGUAUCACAUGACCGGCAAGUACCACGGGGAACCAGGGACAGUGUGGUCACUCGGGAUCCUCUUGUUUGUGAUACUUUUUAGUAAAUUUCCAAAAAGACGACAUCUGCACAAGAUUAAUGCUAAAAACUGGACCAAAGCUGGCUUGUCGAAAGAAUGCUGCGAUUUAAUUCGCCGUUGUCUACAGAUUGACCCAAAACAGCGGAUUGAACUGGGGAAACUCAGUCUCCACGACUGGUUUAUGAUUGCAGACAAGAAGAAAUGAGGGGGAGCAAAAGAAAAUAGUGUAAGUAAUGACAGGAAAGACAGGAAGUUC